GGGCUCGGGCGUCGAUGGGUUUGUGGGCCAGGUGAGCCGAUGCGCCGAAUGCUGGCGCCAAUAUCGUGAACCGCGAUCCCCGGAAUCCGGAAGCCACCGGUACUCCAUAUUCCUCAGCCGUAUCUGUCGCUGGAAAAACCACUGAAUUUGGUGUUGCCGGGAAAUGGUUGAACUCGAGAAACAUGAUGUCCGCGCCCGAGAAUCUAUCAAAUCUCAAAGUUCCUUCAACAAUUAUCCCAAGUGGAAGCUGAAGCUCCGAGAAAAUUGUUACACGAGGGUACAGGAGGAUCGAACCCGCUUGCUCUGGAAACUGAGAACCACCCAGGCCAAAGAGCACAAGGAAUGCUUAAAAUCAACCUUCCGGGACAUAGUUUCUGAUGAACUGAAGAAAAUAAAGGUUUUGGUUGAGAAUGUUGAUACUCUCCCUGUGAUGGAUGAGAUGAUAUGGGAAUAUGAUGGCCUUCACAUGGCGUAUCAAGGCGAUUGUGAGGAAAUACUGCUGGAAAUGCAAAGAAUAUUUUAUGAAGAUGUUCGGCUAGGAGAAAUUAGUGAAGCUUCUUGCAGAGCAAGAAGUUAGUUCAAGUUGGGAAGAUGAAGAAGACGAUUACCUGGCACGGGCGGUCUAUGAUCAUAUGAAACUGAAUGACAAGAAGGUGGCCAAUGAGGUUUGGUGUCCAAUAUGCAAGAGGGGAGAGUUGAAAGAGAACCAUCAUCUAAUUAGUUGCACUCAUUGUGGUAUUAGACUCGACAGAGGCGAUGAGGUUAAUCUGGAAGUACUGCGGAACAGGUUAGCCGAAGCUCAUUCUGAGCAUCUGGAUAGAGGUUGCAGAUUAAAACCUGAAUUCUGUUUAGAAACUAAAUUUGGACUUACCGCACUUUAUAUCAGCUGCCAAUCCUGCAAUACCUUUGAAAUAAUUAUAUAGGCCAAUAUCACUCUACUAACCUCUACCUCCACUCUAUUUUGUACAUUAGAACUGCAUUGACCAUGAUCUAUUCGUAUAUAUAUUUAUGAGGUGCCUAUUUUGCAUUAA